UGCGCAGGCCUUAAACAAGCGGGACGGAUGGCUGAAAGGCCAAGGGGUCUUCCGCAAAGAGCAACAGUGAGCGGAAAACGAUCUUAAAACGGAAUCACUUUUAUUUACAGACGUGCUAAUUAUCUGGAGUCGUGUAUUAUGGCAAGAUACAGCUGCGAGUCGCAAUCUGUUGCUCUCAUUACACUCACAAACCCUCCAGUCAAUGCACUAAGCUAUGCAGUCCGUCAAGGGAUUCUAGCAGGUUUAAGAAAAGCCAGUGCAGACCCAGCUGUGAAGUCUGUUGUGCUGUGUGGUGCUAAUGGCAAAUUUUGUGCAGGUGCUGAGAUCUCUGAAUUUAAUUCAGAUCCUACUCGUAGACUGCCCAUGUUGGUGGACAUAAUUAAUCUAAUGGAGAAGAGUGACAAGCCUGUGGUGGCUGCCAUUGAAGGUGUGGCACUUGGAGGUGGUCUGGAGGUAGCACUUGGGUGCCAUUACAGGAUUGCCCAAUGUCAGGCUAAAGUAGGAUUACCUGAGGUCACACUUGGUAUUUUGCCAGGUGCAGGAGGAACACAGCGCCUUCCAAGGCUGGUUGGAGUAAAUGCAGCUCUUGACAUUAUAACAUCAGGACGACACAUGCUGGCUUCUGAAGCACUCAAGCUGGGAAUUGUAGAUGAGAUUGUAGACAGCAACACCGUAGAGGCAGCAAUUGCACUGGCUAAAAAAGCAGAAGGUCUGCCCAUUGGUCCUAGGAGAAUAUGUUCUAAGACUGUGCAGUGUCCUGACAACUUGGAGGCCAUUCUGGAUGAAGCCACAAAGAAGAUUAAGAAACAGGCCCGGGGUGCAUUGUCUCCAUUGGUUUGCAUUCAGGCAGUUAGAAUGGCAACACAGUUACCAUUUUCUGAGGGGAUGAAGAAGGAGAGGGAAUUGUUUAAUACUCUUGUUACAUCUGGACAGGCUAGUGCUCUACGAUAUGCAUUCUUUGCUCAGAGAGCUGUUGAAAAGUGGACAACACCAUCGGGAAACUGGAAGACAGCUGUGGCUCUGCCUAUACACACAGCAGCUGUAAUAGGUCUUGGGACUAUGGGUCGUGGAAUUACUGUAUCACUAGUGAAAGCAGGAAUUCCAGUUAUAGCUCUAGAAGAUAACCAGAGACAGCUGGAUAUUGGGAAGAAAGCUGUGGAAGCACUUUUGGGACAAGUAGCCCAAAAACUAGAACCACCAGAAAACAAAAAUGACAGCAAUCUACUCAGUCGGGUUAAGUAUACCCUGAACUUUGCUGAACUGCGAGACGUAGACUUAGUGAUUGAAGCAGUAUUUGAAGACAUGAUGCUCAAGAAAGGAGUCUUCAGGAAGCUAACUGCUGUUUGUAAGCCAGAAGCUUUUCUUUGCACUAACACCUCUGGGCUUGAUGUUGAUCAAAUUGCCUCUGUUACAACCAGACCAGAAAGGGUCAUAGGCACACAUUUUUUUGCUCCUGCACAUGUUAUGAAGCUUUUGGAGGUUGUCCGUGGACAUCGCACAUCACCCCAAACCAUAGGAACUGUCAUGAAACUAGCAAAAGCCCUAAAUAAAAUAGGUGUGGUUGUUGGAAACUGUCCAGGGUUUGUUGGCAAUCGAAUGUUGGCACCAUACUCUGAAAAUGCUUGCUUUCUGUUAGAAGAGGGAAGCCAGCCCGAAGAGGUUGACAGAGUUCUUGAAGAGUUUGGCUUUGCAAUGGGGCUGUUUAGAGUGAUAGAUUUAUCAGGGUUAGAUGUUGGGUGGAGGUCUCGUAGGGAGAAAGGGUUAACAGGGCCUGAACUUCCUCCAGGAACACCUCCCCGCUCACGAAAUGGCAAAAGAUAUUGCCCAAUUCCUGAUCUUCUGGUUGAAAAUGGAAGAUUAGGCCAGAAGACCGGGAAAGGGUGGUAUCAGUAUGUAAAACCAGGUGGAAGAGUAUCAUCUCCUGAUCCAUGGAUUCAGGAUUUCCUGAAGAGUUACAGACUCACUCACAACAUUAAAACACGUUACAUAGAUCAAGAUGAAAUAAUCGAGCGUUGUCUUUACCCAUUGAUAAAUGAGGGUUUUAAGAUACUUGAAGAAGACAUAGCAGCAGGACCAGAAGAUAUAGAUAUUAUCUAUAUCUAUGGUUAUGGCUGGCCAAAGCAUACAGGAGGUCCUAUGUACUAUGCCUGGACAGUAGGAUUACCUAAAGUGCUCAGUAAACUGGAAAAAUAUUCUGAAGCUUAUCCUGAUGUUCCUUCCAUGAAGCCAAGCAACUUAUUGAGGAAGUUGGUUUCUAAUGGAAGUCCUUCUCCAAGUCAGUGGAGAACAGUAACUAGGCCAAGUAACAGUAAACUUUAAUGAAAAUUAUGUAGCAGGAGCUAAAUCUUUUACUCCAUUUAAAAUACAUCCCCUCCCCCAUGAUCCUAAGAGCUGUUUUUUCUGGCUAAUUCAGAGCUAAUAUAAAGGAGGUCCUCUAUCAAUAUGUCCACCAAAAAUGUUAUCUACUGAUUCCUGUUCGUGUCUGGACAUAAAUUACGUACUGCUCUUUUGCUAAACUUGAUUAGAAUGUCUCAAGGUGCAAGUGAACCACCAUUCCACAGAGCUUCUGGAAAUAGUUCAGUAAUGUUAAUAUUUAACAUAUCAAGCAAUGACCAGAUCCAGAAAUUAAGAUAAAAACUGGAUGAUCAUAUGUCACAAGAUCAGAACUUUUUUUUUGUAGUAGUGGCACAUACCCUUCCUCCAACAAUACUCUGAUAAGUUUCUAUUCUCUAAUGCUAUGCGUGCACUCCUCUGCGGAACUGACUCCUAGCCUCCAAUAGGUGUGACUUCCAAAGCUAAAUUGACCCAAAUCCUUCACAUGAGGCAGGCAAGCAGGCUGUGUGCCACUCAAUGACCCUUCCACUAGCUGGAUCUAUGGUACCAGCGCUGCUACCUAUGCCUAGAUCACCAGCAGCACAAGUGAUGUUCACAUCUGCACAAGUACGUUGAAGUGAUGAAAAUAUCAGUGUUUCAGUGAUAAUUAAUAUAAUUCCAAACUGCGUGAGCUGGGUAGCUGCUAAUAUUUUGGCAUUUUGUAACACUUUCAUAGCACAUGAAUUUGGCAUUAUUUUAUAUAGCAUUUGGGUGAAUAUCUGUUGAUUCAAAAAGUAUUUUUCACUGAUCUUGUUGAAAGUGUGCUUGCAGUAAACAUACACAUGCCUUACUUGUCUUGGUAUUGAGCUUUUCUACAGGUAACAGAAUUAUAAUUGUCCUUCAAUAUUUGUGUUAACUAUUCUUUUCAAAAUAACUUUUUCUCCGGACAGAGAGCGCAAAUUAACUGUGCUUUUUAAAAUGAAAUGUGAUGACUUAGCAAUGCUUGGAAUGAACAGGAUAAUCAUUUUAUGCUAUUGUUCAACCCUUGAUUUUAUUAACUAUACUCAUCCUUUUUCAAAAAUUCAGUGGUUAUAAGAUUCCUUAUUGUAAUUCAACAGGAACUUUACUUCAAAACAAUGCAGGUAUAACCUGUUUUAAGCAAUGUGAGUCAAAUAUGCAAUUCUUACAUGUACUGAUCAAAUGUGAGACACACUAUAAUUAUUGUGUACCUUCUCUAACACUAUCUUAAUGUUUGGUGCAGAAAAGUGAUUAUUUAAACUGUGGUAAAGUUGACAGCUGCAAAAGGGCACUUCUUUUCAUAAAAUGUAAUGUACAAUCUGGAAUUAGACUAACAAAAUGUAAUAAAAGAUGUUGAGAAUGA